AUGGUAAGGACCGUGGUCCCCGAAGCUGACAUAGGCAUGCUCAUCCAACAGGCAAUGGACGACGACCCAUCAUUAGCAAGUAUGUUGAGCGUUCAUUGCCUACCGGACUUAGACAACGCGAUCCACCCUCUCUUCGCCUACGAGCGGUUCACCGACACCACCAUCAAAGAGUACGAGGCGCUAACACUGGCGCUGCGGCUCGCCUCGCUCUUCCUCACAGAAGAGGCCCUGCUGCAAUGGUACGCCCACGCAGCCUACGGUAAGACAGUCGAGCGCCCGGGCCAGGAGCCCUGCCUCGAAGACCAAAUGGGCCCGUACUCACAGCAGGACCUGCACGCCGUCAGCGCCGCGCUCGAAGACCUCGCCUCGUUCGUCACCUUCAAAUGGAACUCUAACGAAGGCUUCUCCCUCGCGAGCACCACCCCCAUCGUCGCUGAAAACGCCACCCACCCCACAUCGCGGCACCACCCCCUCUUCCGCACCGCGGCACAAGACACCACCGUCCUGAUGCGCCUCAACUCGCAAUGGCGGGCCUACGUCUCAGGCCCGUGCAGCGGCCACAGCACCGCGUCGCUGGCAGCGCGGCUGCGCUUCGCCUUUGUGCUCGGCACGACGCUGGCGCACGAGGCGACGCACGCGUUCGGCAUCAUGCUGCGGGGCGACAGCUUGGAGCCGCUGUUCCGGGCUAGCGACCGCGCGGCCGAGUGGGGCGAGUCGUGGGAGGCGUGGGUGUUUGGGGCGCGCAUCUUCCCGGCCGGAAAGCGGUUGGCGCCAACACCGACGCUGCUGGGCAACGCGUGGAUCACGCGCGCCGACAGCAGGGCCCGCGGCGGCUAUGUCCGCGCUGUGGUGCCCAUGCGCUGGGUUGCGGCGUGGUUCCGGAAGGAGACGUGGGCGGCGCUGGCGCUGGCUGCUCCUCCGGCUGCUGCUGUUGGUGGUGUUGCUACUGUUGGUGUUGUUGCUAUUGACGAGGCCCGUGGCAGAGUCGUCCCCCUGGCUAAGGCGGAGAUUAGGAUUUGGACGAGCGUGAGGCGCAUGUGUCGGUUGUUGGAGCCGGGGGAGCGGACGCCGCUGAAGGCGUGUCCGUCGCGUAUGAUCAUGUACGACAGGGAAGAGAAGAGGAAGAAGAGGGGGAGGGAGGGAGAGGCAGACGGGAGAGAGCCCGCAGGCCCCCACCACCACUGCUGCAAGCGCCGGCGUUUGCAGUGUGUGGACGAGUGA